AUGGGGUUCCUGCUAAGCCCAGAAAGCGCCUGGAAGAUCGGCCUGAUCCUGAUAGCCGCCACGGCGGUUUACUCCAUUCUUUCUCGAUCAUCGACCAAGUCCUUCUGGACCAGGAUAUCCCUUCGCGGCCGCAGAGAUUCGACGGCCAGAACGCCCCCACGAUCCAUCUCACCCGAGAAGAAAAAUGCCAAUAGCGCCACAUCGCCCACAAGCUACAACCAUGCCCUUCCACCACAGCGUAGAGAGUCACUCCUCCAGCUAAAGGGAGUCACCUUCCGCUGGCGCGAAAUCGACGAAGCCGAAGUGCGCCAGAAAAUUUUACCCAUGACUGCCGACUAUAUGAAAAGCCCAGGCAACCUGUAUACACCGACCGGAUUCUCGAUAGACGAAGUGAAAGCCCUUGGCGACUUUCCGGAUUAUGCGGCAUUGAGUGGAGUUCCGCUUCCUGAAUCCUAUCCCGAGCAUGACAUCGAGAAAGCUAAGCCUCGGCCAUACAGGCCUUUCCGAUGGGCUUAUCAUCAGACUAUGUCUUUGACCAAGCUAGAGCCGGACUGGUGGAUUGAGCUUGAAGACACGUACAGGAGCCGCAUUGCUCAACGCAAAGCUCUUUACGUCAAGUAUGGCAAGGCGGUUCUUGACACAAUGCCAGGCUCCGAGCUGGCUUGCAAGGAACUCAUGGAGAUGGUCUUGCAAUUCAUUUGCACUCGAUAUCCGCAGUAUUUCAAACUGGUUGACAAACGUAUACUGCAGAAUCGAAUCCUUGGCACUGAGCAGGAUGUCCGGAGCAAGCCCCCUUUGGAGAUUCUUCUCGACAAUGUUCCAGAAGAUUUCGGAUUGAUGUUGCGAGAUGAGGUAACUGGUUAUUAUUUCUUGCGUGCGGCAGUGAUCUGCUCAGCAAUGGGGUGGGAUGUCGCUUCGAAGAUUGGCAAACAGUUGCACGAAAUCCAUGACCACAUCCCUGAUUACAAAGAGAAAAUGCAAUUCUCAAUGGAUCGAUUUUUUACCAAAAUGCCGACUGAAAAGCCCAUUCAACGAGGUUCAUGGGGUCUUGAAGUCGGAGAGCCACUGUACGUGCCGCCGAGUGACCCACAUUUGGCUCUUCGGCAGUCACAGGACCCCAAUCUACAUAUUGAAGAUUGCACUCUGCGCGUCGACUGGCAGACACUUCGUCGUCUUCCUCUAUCAGCAUCAGUGGUUUUCAACUUCAAGGCUGUAUUCACACCAAUAUCCGAAUUCCGUGAUGAACCCGCCGUGCCAGCCCUAGUGGGCAAGGUCUUGAAAGAGGGCAAGGAGAGUUUGAUGAAGUACAAAGGAGUAUGGCAUGUCCAGCACGUGAUUUUGCCGAAGCUGGAGGAGUGGGCAAGGGAGCAGGAAGAAACAGGUCUUAUUCCAAAAGACUGGGAGGUUGCAACACUGGAUGACAGUCCGUGGUUUAAGGGCUGGGAGGAAAAGUGGCAUCGCCAACAAGGCUUCUAG